AAUGCUUCAUUUGACAAAAUAGACACAGAGGCCAUACUACAUAAAUCAUUUACACGAUUUAUGUACGGUAAAUCUGUACAUAUACAAAAAUGGAUAUCUAAGGGAAUCCUCACAGGUUGUACAUUAAUAGUCUGCAGCAGAGCUGGAGUUAUCUUUGCUAUUGCUUUCAAAUAAGAGAUUCUUUAAUUCAACGAAGGAUCAUUGUGUGGUCAGCUACAUGAAUCCAUGGGAGAUAGAAUGCAUGAGUGGACAGUGAUCCUGGGACUGACACCUGCAGAAAUCAAUGGGAAUCUCUACAUCAUUGAAGCCAAGAUAACAUUAAUCACUGCUGGUCACCGUGGAUUUAUUGCAGUUAACAAGCACAAGGCUCAUGGUGGGAUGCAUUAGUACUUCAAGAGGUGACAGGUAUCCAUAGUGGUUAAUCUAACCCUCAGAACCAAUAGAGCCUAACCAAAAAGGAGUCAACCAACGGAGAUCUAGCAGAUAGCCACCUUAUGGCGCAUGGGCAGGAAGAGAAAUCUUUACUAUCACUGGUUGCUCUAGGAGUCCUGCUGCAGUUGUGCUUGCUGUCUCCAGGAAAAGGAUUAUCACCUAAACAUGCUCCUGAAGUUGUUGAUGACAGCAAGGACAAUAUCACCCUAUUCACCAGGAUCCUGGAUCGGCUUCUUGAUGGAUAUGACAACAGAUUAAGGCCAGGUCUAGGGGGUCGGACUAUGUUGUUGCUUUUAGAUUCAGUGACAGAAGUUAAGACAGAAAUAUAUGUCACCAGUUUUGGCCCAGUGUCUGACACAGAUAUGGAAUAUACGAUAGAUGUGUUCUUUAGACAGAGUUGGCUGGAUGAGAGAUUGAAAUUUGAUGGACCAAUAAAAACUCUGCCGCUGAAUAAUCUAUUGGCAAGCAAGAUUUGGACUCCCGACACCUUCUUUCACAAUGGAAAGAAAUCUGUGGCACACAACAUGACCACACCUAACAAGCUACUGAGACUUACGUACAAUGGGACACUACUUUAUACCAUGAGGCUUACAAUUCACGCUGAAUGCACAAUGCACCUUGAAGAUUUCCCCAUGGAUGUUCACGCCUGUCCACUAAAAUUUGGAAGCUAUGCUUAUCCCAGUACUGAAGUAGUUUAUGCAUGGACCAAUGGUUCUGAUAAAUCUGUUGCUGUUGCUCCAGAUGGCUCUAGACUCAAUCAAUAUGACCUAUUAGGCUUAGUAGUAGGAACUGAAACAAUCCGUUCAAGCACAGGUGAAUACAUUGUUAUGACAACACACUUCCACUUAAAGCGUAAGAUUGGAUACUUUGUCAUUCAAACAUACCUACCAUGCAUAAUGACAGUUAUCUUGUCCCAAGUGUCAUUCUGGCUGAACAGGGAGUCGGUGCCAGCUAGAACUGUGUUUGGGGUCACAACUGUUUUGACAAUGACAACGUUAAGUAUUAGUGCACGGAACUCUCUGCCCAAGGUUGCUUAUGCCACUGCAAUGGAUUGGUUUAUGGCAGUGUGCUAUGCUUUUGUCUUCUCAGCACUUAUUGAAUUUGCUACAGUCAAUUACUUCACCAAAAGAGGAUGGGCCUGGGAUGGCAAAAGAGCUCAGGAAGGUCAAACCUUUAAGAUAAAAGAACCUAUAAUCUUGGCGAAAAAAUCCAACACAACGUACAACAUUGUGGGAACAACUUAUAUGCUCAAUAUCAAGGAGCCAGCCUUGGCAGCAAUUACAAAGAAUGCAACUCUGCCUCUACCCCAUCUCUCAUCUCCACAUCCUGAGCUAAAACAUCUUGAUGGGAAAAAAACUUAUAACAGUGUCAGUCGCAUUGAUAAAAUUUCUCGCAUUGUCUUCCCUGUCCUUUUUGCCAUCUUUAACCUGGUGUACUGGGCUACAUAUGUUAACCGAGAAUCAGCAAUCAAGGGAAUGAUACCAAAAUAAUGAUGUAAUUCAUUUAAGUAGACUACCUUACCUGUUUUCUAACAAGUAUUAUCUGUUGUUGACUGGCUUUUGUAUGGGUUUCAGAUGUCUAAUUUCUCUCAUUCUUUCUAUUUGCUCACUGUGAUUUUUACCCUAGAGGGGUAAUUUUCUUGUUUUUAAGGAUAAACUACUGUAGCCCUAAAUGUUUGACAUUAUAGUUGAUGUAAUUGUGUUCAGCCCAUGGUUUAGUAUACAGUAUGUAUACACAAACUGCUAUAUCCCUUAGGCUUUUUUCAAAUGGCCCUAUUUUUUAACUGAAGUGGUUUGUCCAAACCACAACCAAUAAAUUACACACUGAGAGCUUCAAGAGCUUCCUGGUGCGACCCAAACCAAUCUCAGACUGCACCAUAAAAUAAGCAUAGGCCUAUUUUGACUCAAAACUCAGAUCUCACAUUCCACAUAAGUGUGACUGAUUUUAUUAUAAUGGGGUCCAUUUGCUAUCCAAGUUUAGUCCAUGCAGACUAAGACAGCACAGGGAUGGGCAAAUUGCCAGUUUUAAUGGAGUCU